AUGAUAAACAACGCUGAUCUCCAAGAAAAUAAUAAUGAAAAUGUAGAUAAACAUAUUGAAAAAAUAUUUAGUCUAGACAAUCCUGCCUGCCAUAUUCGCCUUGGGCCAGGAUCGUAUGAUUAUGAAGAUUCUACACACAAAUUUACGAGUGCUCAAACUGUUACAUUAUCUACAUUUGAUUUAUUGCCUAAAAACACAGAAAAUGAAUGUCGUUUAUCAGCUGCUGGUCUUGCCUUUGUUUUACAUGGUAGAAAAGCAAUUACAAAAAUUAUAGCAAAAGGUGACAGAGACAAUUUGCGAAAAUUUAUCAAAAAUAACAAAAAAGAAGCAAUUCCGAAUCUUUACCGACGUACUUAUCGACGUUUGGUGAGAAUAAUCGAUCAAUUGGCUCUUGGAAAGGAAAUUAUUCCUCGCACUGAGGAUUUCAACAUUUUGUUCAACGCUCUCGAUGGCUGCAUUUCUGCCAAUUCGUUACUUGAAAAUAAAUUUCCAGCAAAUAAGAAAGGACCUUACUUGAGUGGAUUUUUAUUGGCACAUUUUAUAGCAAUGGAUUAUUUUUCUAAAUAUAUUCUUUAUCAAAUUGAAUAA